AUGACUAAUGACUCCUUGCGGGCAGCAGGUAACUUCCAGCUAAGUGACAGCGGAGAGGUGCUGAAGUUGUACAGUGAGGUGGAGGAGAGAUGCCUAGACUUCCUGAUGAGGGACUCACUGAGACCCUUCGUCCCCCAGUACCACGGCUUGGUCACCAGGGGUGAACACUGCUACAUCCGGCUGGAUGACCUACUGAGAGGCCUGAGGAAGCCCGUCAUCAUGGACUGCAAGAUGGGAGUCAGAACCUUUCAGGAGGAGGAACUUAUCAAGGCUCGGACCAAGGCCUCCCUGCGGACUGACAUGUAUCAGAAGAUGGUGAAAACCGACCCUUCAGCUCUGUCGGCAGAGGAACAUGCACAGAGAGCGGUGACAAAGCUGCGAUACCUUCAGUGGAGAGACAAGACCAGUUCUACAUCCACACUGGGCUUCAGGAUAGAAGGCAUCAUGAUGGCAGACGGCAGCGUCCAGCGGGACUUCAGGAAAAUUCUGACCUUGGCUAAGGCCACAGAGGUGUUGCUCUACUUUUCUGGGAGUCACGUGGAUAUCCUGAAAGCCUACCACUCCAGACUCCUGGCCCUGAGUGAAGCACUGAAGAGCUCACUGUUUUUCAGAACCCACGAGGUGAUUGGCAGCUCGCUUCUCUUUGUCCACGACCACAGCGGCAAUGCCAGCAUUUGGAUGAUAGACUUUGGGAAGACGACCCCUGUGCCUGACACGAGUGAGCUCCAGCACGACGUCCCGUGGUCUGAGGGGAGCAGAGAGGACGGCUACCUCAUCGGCCUGACCUCUCUCAUUGCUUCUCUGGGCCAGGCCAUCAGUGUGGCCCCUGGCAGCAGCAGGACGGCUGUAGAGCAGAGAUAAAUGUUACCUGAAGUUUGUUGAGGAUUGCGGCUGAACAACACUUACACUCGGGGUCAGGUCAGGACAAAAUGGCUACUGUUACACUUUGAACUGCUGCCUCAUUUCAUUCACUUGAAGAGACCACAGAAGAGGAUUCAUUAAAUGAGAAUCUGAGAUUAGCUGACUCAGCUAAAAACUCAGAGACUUGGGAUAAUUGGGUUUUAAAUUGACAUACUUUAAUUGUGGAGACUGUUCUUUGUUAAAAGGAAUAUCUUAAAGGAAUGUUUUCUUUCUCAUCCGUUCCUAUUGUGUAGUACUAACGGAAAGUACAUGAAUACAUGAAUAUACAGUGUAUAUUGGUGAAUAGCUAACACUGUUAUGAGCACAUUUGUCUUAAAAAGACUGACCAGGGUGUAAAAAAAGACCUAAAUAUGGUCUGAUAUAAGAUUGAUGUGAAACUGUUUUUAGAAAUUCAAUUUUUUUUUGCAAAUGACAAAGUAAAAUGUAUCUGUGUACAGUUAGGAAGUAGAAACAGAAUGCAUUUGUCUGCUCAGUCUUACACAUUACUAUCUCUAAUAUUAAUAAAAAAGAUUCCUUUAUUAUUUAUAAGAAAGCAACAUGGAGGAAAAAUGAAUGUGUAUAUAUAUAUACAUACACAAAUGUAUUUGCAUUAACUAUCUUAUACUUUGUUGACAAUUUAUUUGAUCACCUAUGCCUACCUAGGUACAAAAUAGUAAUGCUUUCAGCAUUUGAGAGGCUACUUAUGUUUGUCUUUGUUGUUUUGGUGUUUGCAAAUUAUGUGACUGUAAUUUACAGUGCGAAGCUGGGUAAUUUGUGUCCACCACAUUGAAAUCAAUAAGGAUUGGACAUAAGCUAUCUUAGACACACCUCCAUACAUAAUGCACAACAGAACACAAAGGACCAAAUAGUUUUCCCAUCACAUCUCCUAACUCUACGCUCACAACAAAAUACAACUAGUUAUAGUCAGUG